AUGGCUGACUACGGUGCGCAGCCCGUCAACGGGACACUGCAGAAUGGCGAGAUCGGACAACAAAUUACGCACGGCGCGAACGACCGCUUCGAGCUCAUCUCCGGUCCUCUGAUUAACCUGAAGAACAUGCACUACGAAGCCUCUACCGUCUGGCAUGGCAGUGUCUUGAUUGUCACAAAGCCGAUCCGAGAGCAGCCCCAGUUGCGCUUGCGCCAGGUGGGACCCGUGGAUGGUGGAGCUCAAAAUGGCAGCGGUAGCGCCCAGUCCAACCAAACCAUUGAAGGUCUCAAGCUCUAUGAGGAUCCCCAGAAAGCGUUCUGGCGAUUCUCGCUCGCCGUGAAAGUAGAGGCGUUCGAGGCGUGCUGGGAGUACGACAUCCCCGGUCUGUACAACGAAUCCGGGGCCCAGGUCCAGGCACCUUGGCAAUUCGUCGUUCCUGCGGAAGAGCAGUCUAUGCGCAUCAUGUUCCACUCGUGCAAUGGUUUUUCUGUUGGCACAGACAUGAAUGCCUGGGUGGGCCCGAACCUUUGGAAUGAUGUGAUGCGUGUACAUGGUCAGAGGCCUUUCCACGUGAUGGUUGGCGGUGGUGACCAGAUCUACAAUGAUGGCAUUCGCGUCGAUGGCCCGCUCAAGCCUUGGACUGCUAUUGGGAACCCCCACAAGAGACGCAACCAUGACUUUGAUAAUAAGAUGCGCGCUGAUUGCGAUGACUAUUACUACGCAAACUAUGUCCGCUGGUAUAACACUGAGCCCUUUCGGUCUGCCAAUGGCUGCAUCCCGCAGGUCAAUAUCUGGGAUGACCAUGAUAUCAUUGAUGGAUUCGGUUCUUAUACAGACCACUUCAUGAAGUGUGCGGUCUUCCGCGGCAUCGGCGGUGUCGCAUUCAAAUACUACUGUCUCUUCCAGCACCACAUGGCUCCCCCCAAGUCGACAUUCACUACCGAUGCGCCACAGACUAUGCACGCGGUCAAUGGAACUUCUGGCAUUGACCCCCGUCAGGUCGAGAACACCUACGUUCUGGAGAAUCAGGUUGAGGACGACAGCUGGAUCAUCGGUCAACGCCCAGGUCCUUAUGUGGAGGAGCGCAGCCGAAGUCUUUACAUGCGCUUCGGCAAACGCAUUGCCUUUAUGGGUCUGGACGCUCGCACAGAGCGUACUCGCCACCAGGUCAACUACGAGGACACCUACGAUUUGAUCUUCGACCGGCUACAGCGCGAGAUUCUUGCUGCUGACGGUGACAUCAAGCAUCUUAUUGUAUUGCUGGGCGUGCCCAUCGCAUAUCCUCGUUUGGCAUGGCUAGAGAACAUCCUCACAUCCCCAGUCAUCGCACCUAUUCGGUUGCUCAACAAGCGCUUCGGCGUUGCAGGCGGUCUUUUCAACGAAUUCGACGGCCAAGUCGAUCUCCUCGACGACUUGGAUGACCACUACACAGCGCGUCAGCACAAGCGCGAGCGCAAGAUGCUAAUCCAUCGCCUACAAGAGCUGGCCCGCAGCCACAGCAUCCGUGUGACCAUCCUCGGCGGCGAUGUCCAUCUCGCUGCCAUCGGUCGCUUCUAUUCGAACCCAAAACUUAACCUCGCAGGCGAGAACGACCACCGCUUCAUCGUCAACGUCGUCAGCAGUGCCAUCACCAACAAGCCCCCGCCCAAGGCCGUCGCCAAUCUCCUCGCACGCAGAAACAAGAUCCACCAUCUCGAUCGUGAUUGCGACGAGACUCUCAUGCCGUUCUUCGACAAGCAGCCCGGUGGCCAGGAGAAGAGUGCCGCUUGGAACAAGGUUACCAUGCCGUCUCGCAACUACGCGAUCCUCACCGAGGUUGUUGCUCCAACUGCUGAUGGCAGCAGGGUCUUGGAAACUAACUCCGCCAAACUAGACCGCCUUCCCAAGGACGGUCAUGCGCCGCUGCAUAAGGGUGAAGUUGAUGCUGGAACUACGCACCGCGCGGCCGAUGGGCUCACCUGUGCUAGUGGUAUGUACGGUGGACUUGACGUUGCCAUCCGUGUCGAGAUCGAUCCCCACGAUCGUAGCGCUGCUACCGAGGGGUAUGGGUUCAGUAUCCCGCCACUGCUGGCUACGGAGGGACCCCCGCAGACUGGUCACCGUCUCAGCUUGCACUCGCGCCGAUCACACCAGAGCCGGCCUUCCACGGCGGUUUAA